AUGGUUCUCCUCCAGCUCACACUACUCUCUCUUGGUCUCCUGACCCUGUUGCCUGCCUCCUCUUUGGGCUGUCCCUCUGGGUGUCGCUGCUACAGCCUGACUGUAGAAUGUGGCUCCAUCGGACUCAAGGAGAUACCACAAGGCAUUGCCCAUGGAACCCAGACCAUUUUUCUCCAGGACAACACCAUAGGGCAGAUCAGACAGAAGGACCUUUCCGGUCUGGGUCACCUUCACUACCUCUACCUGCAGAACAACAGUAUCUCGACUCUGGAGUCAGGAGCCUUUCUCAGCCUGAGUCAGCUCCUUGAGCUCGCCCUCAAUGGGAAUCGCAUCCACCUCAUCACUGCGGAUGUGUUCCGAGGCCUGGAGCACCUGCGCAUUCUAUACCUGGCUGGAAAUCUGAUCACACGUUUGGAAGAUUACACCUUCCGUGGUCUCCAGCGUUUGCAGGAACUGCAUUUGCAGGAAAACAGUGUUGAAAUGCUUGGAGAGCAGGCACUUGUGGGCCUGUCUUCUCUGGCCCUUCUAGACCUGAGCAGAAAUAACCUCCGCACCUUGAGUCCUGCCACGCUGCGUCCCCUCGUCAGCCUACAGGUGCUCCGUGUCACUGAUAACCCGUGGCGCUGUGACUGUGCGCUCCACUGGCUGCGCAGCUGGAUAAAUGAGGAGGGCCAGAGGCUUCUGAGCUCAGCUGAGCGCAGGCUUGUGUGCGCUGAGCCACCGCGUCUCUCCCACCUCAGUUUAGUGGAAGUGCCAGCUAAUAGUCUGGUGUGUAUCCCCCCCGUGGUGCAGCUGGAGCCCAGCCACCUGACUGUUCGACUGGGAGAGAGCCUGCGCGUGUCGUGCCAAGCCUCUGGUUACCCACAGCCUCAGGUCACCUGGAGAAAGGCCUCUCACGGCAAGGCACAGCUGUCCCCGCGUGGCCUUGUCCAGGAGGUGGGCGCAGAGGGUGACGGCAAGGCCGGGGGCAGGUUGGUGACGGCCAGGCCAGCGGGGAAGGGCGCGACAAACGGACGGGGACCUGUACGAGGGACGGAGGAAGGCGGAGACCAAGAGAGCUUCGACCCUGACACGGGAAGCGGGAUGCUUUUCCUAAGCAACGUCACGGUGGCUCACGCCGGACGCUAUGAAUGCGAGGCUUGGAACCCUGGAGGGGUGGCGCGUGUGACCUUUCAUCUUUCCGUCAACAUGUCCUCUUCUUCAUCUUCUUCCUCUCUCUGGCCCCGCGUGCACACUUCCUCUUCCUCUUCUUCCUCUUCCUCGUCCUCUUAUUACCAUCCAUCAUCUGUAGAUGUCAGCCAAGAGCCUCUAUAUGAGCUGGAGAGUAUGGACUUUAAUGCCCUGGGUACUGCUACCCAGACAGCCAUAGCCGUUGGCAUUUCUCUGUUGGCACUGACCGCACUACUGCUCCUCUGCAUGAUCUAUAGCCGUCACCGCCAGCGGCAGAAAGAUGACUGUGGUUAUGGCACCAGCAAAGAAGAGAGCAUUCUCUACGUCAACGACUAUUCAGACGGGCCCACCACCUUUGCCCAGCUGGAGGAAUACCGUGAUGAAAGGGGCCACGAGAUGUAUGUGUUGAACCGUGCCAAGCCUGUUCUUCCGCCGCCAGUCUCCAGCCAGCAAGGGGGACUGCCGCCAAAUGAACCGCUGCAAAGCACGCUGACCCCGGGCAGGGCGGUUGGCAUGGGACCCCGCAGGGCUCCAGCCGAGGGCGGUGAGGGGCCGCCGCCAGACCCCGAGGGACUCUUUAUCAACCAGAGCCUGCUAUUUGACACGCAGAUUGCCUAUGAGAUCCACUGCUGA